UCAAUGAAAUAUAUCUUUUUAAGGCGUCAGCCAUAGACACAGCUUUCCAUCUCCGCAGCUUGGAUUGAGCGUCCCAAAGAAACUAGAGAUCAUUGCCAAGGUCCAGGACAUUGUUCCUUGUUGUGACAGAACUGCGAGUGAGUUCGUUGCCAAAAUCUGAAAACUUAUCAAUAACGUUGAAAUCGCCAUGGAACAAAAUAGUGACAUUACUUCAAAUUCAUCUUCAAUAUUGCCAAACGACCAAGGAUCCAAUCCAUCGGACUCGGAUGGCGAUUCAGAGGAUUUUUCUCGACGGCCCAAACCUCCUAGUUCGGAUGAUGAAGGCCUUGAAGCGCCGAAAACAAAGCGAAUCAAGGUAUUCUUAGAUGAUUCAAGUGAUGAUCAAGAGUCCGAGAUUGAGGAUGAUCCCGCAAAAAGGGAUUCAGAAUCUGACGCUGAGGAUGCACAAGGAGCUCAAGUGGAACGGAACAUCGUGGAUUCUUCGUCGGACGAAGAAAUUCUACAGGAGGAGGUCAAAGAAAGGAAAGAGGAGAUGGAACCCGAACCUGACCCAGAGUCAACCUCCAAAGGCGCCUUGGAUUUUGAUCUAAUGAUGGAACAAAAAAGGGCAGCCAAUCGGAGAUAUCGAAAGCGUCGCGACAUCGAGGUGAUAAAUGACAAUGACGAUGCCAUUGCGAAAAUGAUCGCAGACAUGCGUCAAGCCGCUCGAGAAGACCGAGAUAUGAAUGAGCAGCAGAUCCCGGCCACCAAAAAGAUUGGCAUGCUCGCCAAAGUCUUGGAGCAUCUGGCCAAAGUCGACCUUCAGCUAGCCUUUUUGGAGGCCAAUCUUCUCUCUGUGAUGACGGAUUGGCUGGCUCCAUUGCCUUUGGAUAAGGCCCUACCUCACCAAUCCAUCCGGAGUGCGUUUCUUCGGUACCUUUUCGAGAUUCAGAUUGAUGAUCUGUCGAGGCUUAAAGAGUCUGGAAUUGGCAAGGCUGUCAUGUAUCUUUAUCGACAUCCUCGCGAAACCCGCCCGAACAAGGAUUUAGCGGGGAAAAUCAUUAACAAAUGGGCUCGACCCAUUUUCAACGUGCGAACCGAUUUCUCAACCAUGACCAAAGAGGAGCGAGAGCUUCGUGAUCUGGAAAUGUCCGCCAAAUUGGAGCUCAAGAAGCGGAAUCGCACUAAGAACCAAGUCGUCCAUGUGGAGGAAAAUGAAACGUCAGGUUUAAAACCGGGUGAUCCGGGUUGGGUUGGCAGGGCUCGGGUUCCAAUGGUCAAGAAUCGGGAGUACAUCAACCGUCCAGAUUGGCAGUCCCAUGAGGAUGUGUCCCAAACGAAGAAGAAAGAGAUUAAUCUUCUAGAGAAGCAUAAGCGAAGUUUUGCCGAUCGGAAGAAAUCCACCAAAGCGCAACACGCCGUAAAAAUCAGUCUUGAAGGCAAGCACAUGGCAUUAUAGACUAAAAAAACCUUCUUCAAGUUGCUUCAAACAUCCUCUUCCUUCACCUGAACCCUUCCUGUCAAACUCAUUUUACUGCUCCUCCUCUUCCUUGUCUUUCGUCCAAGUUUUCCUGCUUCAUGCGUACUUAUCUAGGCCCAGGAGAAAUUUUUCUCUCACAUGGGCCGGCCAAUGAGAAGCGCUGGAAAGCCAGGUCCAGCCAAUGAGAAUGAUGCCAGGCCUACGCAGGUGUUAUGAACUCCUGGUAGUGUUUGUACUGUGAUAGAACCUGGAUAUGUGACCUCAUUCUGAGCAAGUCUGGUUUCUCCCUCGUCUACUCCUAUCGUAUAGAAUUGGCCGGAGAGAGGUUUCCACGUGCGUGUGUGAGAGACUGAGAGACUCUUCUUCACACACAUGAACGAAAUCUGUAUGUGGCGAGUGCAUGACAAGAAACGAACAGGAACAAAAAAAGGAGCUCGACGCUCGUUGCCUUGUAUGAUGAUAAAGAACAGCAACACAGCGUCAAGACAGUCACAACUGUUUGGUGUCAAUAUUUCACGGUUGUUAUUUAAGCACCAAAAGGCUCACACUAUGGAAAUUAUGCUUAUCGUCAUUACAUCACACAUUAAAUAUCUCUUUAAUGUUA